AUGGCUGGGCUUCGUUUUUGGUUGGUGUCUCUAGCCGCCAGCGGCCUGCAUGCCGGCGAUGUCUUCACCUUGCCCGCUUUGCCCUACGAGUACGAUGCGUUGGAGCCACACAUCGAUGCCGAGACCAUGAAGAUCCAUCAUGGGAAGCAUCACGCCGCCUACGUUGCUGGCCUCAACGCUGCCAUAAGCAAAUCUGCGAACGAUGGAAGCAUGGCAGCUCUGACCAAGCUUCAGAGCGAAGCGGUGAAAGUAGGAGCUGCACACCGCAACCAUGGGGGCGGACAUUACAACCAUGCGCUCUUCUGGGUGAACCUCGCACCGGCCAGCAGCUCAUCCGAGCCCUCGCCCGACCUGGCAGCCGCCAUCGAGGAUAAGUUCGGAAGCCUCGAGGGCCUCAAGGAGGCUUUUGCGAAGGUAGCCAUGAGCCGCUUCGGCAGCGGCUGGGCCUGGCUCGGGGUCACCCCCCAGGGCACGUUGGCCGUGACCUCCACUGCGAACCAGGACAACCCGCUGAUGGAAGGUUUGGAGUACAAGGUUGAGAAGAUGAUCCCCAUCUUGGGCCUUGAUGUUUGGGAGCAUGCGUAUUACCUGAAGUACCAGAACCGCCGAGCAGACUACGUGGCUCUUCUGCAAGACCUUGCUGUGCAAUUCUCUCUGUCUCUUCCGGCCCCUUCCUCCUCCGAGGUUUCGGCCUUCUGGAGUAUAGUCAACUGGAAGAAGGCAGAAUUCGGCAUGUUUGCCUGCGGUUUUAUGGAAGCUGCCAUGACGUUCGCGCGAGGACAGCCGGUGCCUCCAACGCCAACAGGAGGUGCCCUGUUUGCUCCAUGA